CGUGGGGCCGGGGGAAGUCGAGGAAGCGGAACCGGCUUUUCUGCAAGUCACGACCGGGUUUGGAAAGUAGUAGAAAUUCCGACAAGUCACGAUUUUCAGUGUAGAUUUGGGUUUUACAAGUCAAGACCGGGUUCUGUCGAGAAAGCUGUCAAGAUGUCGUUCUGUUCCUGGGGAGGUGAAAAAUACCAGAAUCACUUCGAUGCCGGCAUUUACGUCUGCUCCCAGUGCGGUCAUGAAUUAUUCAACAGUGUGUCAAAGUUCAAGCAUUCGUCACCCUGGCCAGCAUUUACAGACACAGUGCACCCAGACAGUGUUUCCAAGAGACCCGAAGGUUCACAUGCAUACAAGGUGUCUUGCUCCAAAUGUGACAAUGGUCUUGGGCACGAGUUUUUAAAAGAUGGACCUGAUGGGAAUUCGCGCUUCUGAAUAUUCUCCUCUGCCCUUGAGUUCAAAAAGGGCAAAAAGGAAAAGAAAGGAGACGUGAAGCAUUAGGCUGGCACAUGCUGCAGCCUUCAACUUUGAGACAUGGAACUACAGGUAGCAUUCUCGGCAGGAUUAAACAACCAGCCGAUUGCAGUACAAACAUUUUACCAAGGUUUUCUAGGAAUUUUAAUGUAUUUAUUUUUAUUUGUGUUUUGCUUUCACAGACAAUACAUUCUGUUGGAGUAUAAAAAGGUGAUCACACUGAUCCGUUUAUAUUCCUUAACUCUACCAUUAAAAUUUGUUUGGGUUUUGGGAAAUUUUUUUUAGGAUUGAGGAAGGUAGAUCACAAUCAAUUUCUACAUGGGGCUUGUUGCCACAAUAACACUAAAUCACUAUAUAGGAACCUAACAGCAUAAUUCUUUGAAGAACUAAUUGUCAAUGGGCACCUAGAAUUGUAUAAACAAUGAAUGUGAACUACCUUCCUUGAUCUUACAAAAUCCUUCAAAACCUCCUUGUGAAUAUUCGGAGGAUCCCAAGUUACAUUUUAUUUGAGGAUACAGGUAGUAUUAUUUACCACAAAGUCAUUCUGAUUUUGUAAACCAAACAGUAUUUGUAAAGAGAACUUAUUCAUCUUUACCCAGUUCCGUUUGCAUUUGUAAGAACACAUUGAAUAUGUAGUUCUGUGUCUCACUAAAAAAAUAUGGUGGUGGGUUGUCAUGGCACUGUAUUGGCCAGCCAAUGAAGUUCUCUGGUUAAAGCCCCAUGAUGGGAAGGCUUGAGGAACGGAUGUAUGUACAGGCCGUGCCGCGUCAACCCGCAGCUGUAUUAUAGUUUUUAAAAGGUUCACAAAACUGCUAUCAGUUUGGGCAAUUCACAUUACACUUACAGAGGCCGUUUUUCAAUUUCACGGUGUCCUUCAAUUUUACGGUGUCUUUCAUUGUUUCAUGAAUGGUAUCACAAACUAACUUUAUGAAACCCAUCAUUAUAGAUGUCAACUACAAAUAAGUAAUGCAGAAUAUAUACCGGGUUUGCAUCACUAAGUACUUUUCUGUAUAUGUAUUGUGCAUUACGCAAAUUGACGCAGAGAGGAUUGUGACCUCAAACAGAUUGGCUACCUUUACAAAAAAAAAUCGUGUGUUUUUAAAAGGGGAUUAUGUAUAUGAAUUUUUAAUUGGAGUUGACUUUCUUUGAAUAUUUCAUAACAGUAACUUAACAGAUGUCUUGCUUUAGAGUACUCUGGCUUUUGUGCAACUGUUUAUUUCUUAAUCUUAUUAACAUAAGAGAACAUAUUUUACACAAUAUAUUUUUGGUAUGGUUGGUGUUUAUGUAAAUAUAUUGUAACCAGUUGUGCUGAGUAGUUUUAUGUAAACAUGUAUAUUGAGACUAGGGGGAGGUGUUACAGAGGUCUUUCUUGUGUGAAUUUUGGAGAUGUUUUAUGUUGGAACGCACACUUACAACACGCCACAACAAAAUUUGAGCAUCUUUGAGUUUUGUAUUAAAAUAUUGAGCUUUUAUUUUGUAAAAAUCAAUAUUAUUUUAUACUUUGUUACAAUUAAGCAAUGUUACAAGACUUUGUUCUGCAUGAAACAUAUCAGAAACUGCAGGAUUAACUUGGCAAACCAAUGUUUACUGACUUUUUGCAAAGCUGUGCAAUGACAGGUAUUUAGUGAGGUUUGGUGGUCACAUCGAGACAUAAAUGCCAAGUAUAUCCGUAACAAUUUGUCCAAACUAGCGAUGUGUUUUACAAUAUUUGUUCUAGUCCUUGGUCAAUAAACGGUAAUUGGAACUAA